AUGUUUUCCAAGAAGCGUGCCGAGCCGAUUCAGCUGCCUUCGCCUUACGUGCUGAGUCCCAGUGGGCAGUACGAAGGAAAUGAUGGGAAGUGGUCUACGUUCUUCAUCAAUGUCGGCGACGACGCCAAGAACAACAGCAACGGCCAGAACUUCAGGGUACUCAUAUCCACUUCUUCGCCUGCUACCCUCGUACCGCAACAGACCGACUGGUGUUCUGAUCCCACUCCUGAAGAGUGUGCAGCGAAUCGUGGUAUCUUGCCAUACGAAGGCCGUCCGUCUCUAGGUUUCGAUGACGAAAAAUCUUCAACAUGGCAGACUGCAGGAGUCUACACUAUUCCGGUGCCCGAGUGGUACAACGACACAUUACAAGCGGAAGAGCCGGCCGCAGUUUGGGGUGUGGAUAAUGUUGGCCUGGGUGAGAGUUCACCACAGGGCUUUAUCCUGGCGGAGCAGUAUGUCGUGAAGUACACUGUUGCAAACUUCUACAUGGGCUCCCUUGGGCUCGCUGUUGGAUCUACCGGACCCCCUGGCGCACUCAAACCAAACUUCAUGGACAACAUGUAUGGAAGCGCCCACAGAAUUGCGAGUCGGUCGUUCGGAUAUACUGCGGGGGCUUAUUAUCGUAAUAACAACAACGGAGUUACAGGAAGCUUGGUGAUCGGCGGUUACGAUAAAUCGCGACUUUCCGAUCUAGGUGUCUCGAUCAGUAUGCCCAGCCGGCAGAACAACACGCUUGCUGUUGGCGUCAUUUCCAUUCUCUGGAAGCCAGACCAAGACGCCGAAGCCAACACAGCUUCUUUCACCAAGGGAGGAUUCCCUGCUACCAUCGAUUCCACAUUACCGUAUCUUAUCCUUCCGGACGAAGUCUGUGACCAAUUCGUCACUACUUUCGGUCUGACCUUGGACGAGGAUGUUCAGCUAUAUACUGUCAACGACUCAUCGCACCAACAGAAUCUACGACUAAACCCAACAUUAUCCUUCAAGAUCAGCGCCAAUACUGGUGGCGACAGCACAGACUUUACGGACAUAACUCUCCCAUACUCGGCGCUGGACCAGCAAGCCGGCUACCCACUCUUCUUCAAUACGACCCGUUAUCUUCCCAUAAAGCGAUCACUAAAUGGGAGAUUCGUGUUGGGCCGCACACUUCUACAGGAAGCGUACAUCGUGGUCGACUACGAACACCAGAAUUUCACGGUCGCUCCAGCCACAUUUUCUGAUCCAAUGCCAGAUCCGAGUCUAGUCACCAUAUUCGAUAGGUCUUACACUGGCCUACCGGCACCGCCAGAGUCUGAGUCUGGAGGUGGGCUAUCGGCAGGCGCAAUCGCAGGAAUUGUUGUCGCCAUCGUUGGCGCUUUCAUCAUUGUCGCAAUCGGUGCUUACCUUCUAUGGAGGAAGAAGCGCCGGACGCCAAAGGAACCCGAAGAAAACACCGAAAAGCCGUCUGAGAUUGACACAACUUUUGCUGGUACUGAGAUCAAGUAUCGUCGUGUCUCAGAGCUCACUGGCUCUGAAGCUCCUCAUUCACCAAAAGACCCUGCGGCAGGUUACUACAGUGUUGAUCAUAAAUCCUAUCCACCUAUCAGCGAAAUGUCUCCGGAGAGUACCCCCGCCGAGCUUUACAGUCCUCCGCCGGAUGGCCGCAACUCGCCCGACUACUUCGCCAAUGGCAGGUAUGCCGCGCCUCUCGCAGAGCUCCCUGGUGAAGAUACGAUCAGUUCAAUGCCUGGUAAAACCUCAGACAUGAAGCCAGUUCAGAAACCUCCGCACAGCCGAAGUCCGAGUGACAACUCACUAUCGACCAAUAUCGACGAAGUACUAGCGAAGAAGGCGCCUGAAGCUGGGCCAGAUACCGAAGCCAUGAAAUCAGCAGUGGAGCCUGGAGCGCCAGCUACUGCUGAAGAGAUAAGUAGAGCAAAGGCAGACGCACAGCCCGAAGCGGCCGACGAUGCGCAAGAGUCUGCGAUGGAACGACGUCCGUCACACACCAGAGGAUUGAGCGACACAACCAUUCAAAGCGAUAGUACAGCAGUCUCGCAGCCAACACCCGAAGAGCUAGAGCGCUGGGCGAGAAGUGUAGACGGCCAAAGUCGGCCCAUGUCUCCAUCAUGA